UGGCUCAGAAGUCAGAGACCCCCGUCAUAUAAAGCGAGGGUGCCUGAUCUAGCAGCCCUUUUCCCGCUGGCAAGCGCUCUGGAUCACACACGGGAAAAUACCUUUUACGCACGGAGCGCUUGGAGAGGUUGAGGACGAGCGCAGCCUGCGAUCAGUUGUGAGAGGGAGAAGAGUUACACAGUCAACAGAGAAACUGUGAGCUGAGGCGUCUGAGUGGGCAUGUGGCUACUGGAGAAGCUCCGUAGCUCUGUGGAGAGCAGUGGGACACAAUCCCAGCCCCCGCAGACAGCAGAGGCCAUUCCUGUUUCCGUGUAUGCCAACGUCCUCACGCCAGAAAAGAUCCCUGAUUUCUUCAUCCCCCCUAAACUUAUCUGCUGCCCACCGGAAGAAUCUCUCACCCCCGAGCCUCAGCCCUGCUCCACAUUACGACCAUCUGUGUCUGACCACGCCAUCUGCAGCCAGAGCCCCAGAGCUCGGAGCAGCAAGAACCCCUGCAGCCCUCGCCUCUUCUCUCGCAUGGGAGGAGACACACGUAAUCUCCAGAAGUCAGCCAACCGUCACAUCAUCCAGAUAGAGAGUGCUGAUGAGCCAGGUGCCGCAUCUGUGGACAGGGUCAACACCAAUGCUGACCCCCAGUCGCAGACUGCAAUGUCUCUGCCAUAUGUGCCCAAAGCUCAGACCUCAUAUGGCUUUUCCACCCUGGUGGAGUCGCCCCAUACCCGCCGUAAGGAGAGCCUGUUCCACAGCGACCCCACCAGCCCUCUCACCUCCCCGAACUCACAGAGGCGCUCCCAAGGGGGGACUCUUCUCGCCCCGGCUGAUCCCAACCCUUAUCGCUAUUUCAGCGGUGGCGAAAGUGACACCUGCUCCUCAGCAGAGUCGUCCCCCUUUAACUCACCUCUCCUGUCCCGCUCGGCCUCUCUCUUACGCUCCAUCACCCAGGAGACACAAGCCAAGGUGUCUCGUGCCAAGCGCUCCCUGGCUCGCCACAGUUCUCUCUCCACUGAUGAAUGCAGCUCAGCAGACAACAGUCCCAACAUGCAGCGCCGCCGCAUGCGUUGCCCCCCCUCUCCCGCCUUCCGUGGAUGUAAAAGCAGUGGCGUGAGGGGUGCAGCGUCCGACCUCCUGCAGCGUGAGCACACCGUCAACCUCCACAAGGGGGGGACACUGAGGCUGAGCACUCAUUAUGACCCGGAGUCAGCGCGCCUGAGGGUGCGCGUGCUCUCAGCCGAGGCCCUGUAUGACAGGCAGACGGACCCUAAAAGCAUCAACUGCUGCGUAGCGCUCUACCUCAACCCUGGCAAGCAGCAGAAGCAGAGGAGCACCAUCAUCAAGAAUAGCAGGAAUCCAGUGUUCAACGAAGACUUUUUUUUUGACGCGCUCCCCCAGGCACAAAUAAAGAGCCUGGCCAUGAAGAUAAAGGUGGUGAACAAAGGAACCAGUCUGAGGAGAGACGUGCUUCUAGGAGAAAGGGAGGUGCUGCUCAGUGAGCUGCUCGCAGGCCUCUAGGGAGCCCCUGUCAAGACUUCGGUGAAAACAAGCAGCUCAACAUCUUGAGGGCCCUUUUCUUCUCCGGCUACCUUUUCAUCCCACUGCACAGUUCCGAUAAAUACCGGGCAUGUGAAAGUCUGCUGGUGACAGGGGGGCUGUAUCUUGCACACUGUGUUACGUACAUCAAUGGACCAAAAACUGAAGCCUCUGUAGAAUUAAAAGUCCCACUUUAUCAAGUUUCUCAGAGGCCUCUGCAGAUUAAACAAGUGGAAACCACCUGUGCUCGGCAGUAUAUUAGUGAACAGUGGAGCCGUUGUCCUUGUUUGUGUAUUUCUCCCGAAGUACUGCGUUAUAAAAAGUGUUGCCUUCUCUCAUGAGCAUUGUGAUGUCAAUAUCAUAUCAGCUGUGAUGCAACGAUGAUCUUGUUAAAAAUGAAGCUGUAUUUUUUGUAAUAACGUAGUAAUAUUACAUGUGGGUUUUGCACGUUCCUGUGGAAACUAAUAAUGCCUCUGUAAGAAUUUAUAUUUGGGAAUUAGAUUUUAAUUGCUAGUGGAUGUAAUAUUAAUAUGACUGUUGCUACAGUAUGUGACAUGCUUUUGAAGUUAUGAAUAAAACCACUAUA